AUGGUGGCCAUGUUCAUGAGAAAUAAGCCCCUGGCCUGGUCGUCUCUUUUGCUCGCUGUGCAGAGCUACCUGAAUGAACCGUUGAUCAAAGCUCCAAACGAUGAUGCCCAGCCAGCAAUUUUCAAGAUUGUGUUUGCGGUUAUUGGUGUGCUGAUCAGUUAUAUGGACCUUGUUUUCCCUAACACCAAUCCGCAGGCUCGGGUCCAAACACCUGCACCUACCGAAAAUUAG